AUGCAGGAGAAGGAAGGGAAGUCAGAAGUCGUACCCUAUCAUUGGGGGCGCUACAAGCAGGCCCUGCCUCUGCCCGACGUCGCGGCACCGUCAUGGCGCCUCAAGCAGUGGCACUACCACUCCAUCAACAACGGGAGGUGGUUCGUGGGGAUGGCCAUCGUCAACCUGGGCUACCUGGCGAACGCGUGGGUGUACCUGAUGGACAAGCAAAGCCGCUCCACGUCCUGCGAGUACAGAGCGCUCGUUCCGCUUAGCUUUGGGCUCUCGUUUGCGGACAGUUCGGUCGAGGGCACGACCAGCUGGAAGAACCGCGGAAACCGAAUGGUGAUCCAGGCCGAUCAGGGCGGCUACGCCGUCGAGCUGCACGUCACCAUUAACGGCACCGUCUUCGACGGGCGCUGCACCAUCGCCAAGCCCGACGAAUCUCUGGCAUUGCUGUACCCGCUCGAGGGUCCGACCAGGCGGCGCGCUGCCUACACCCACAAGGCGGCAGGAAUGCCGGUGGAGGGCAGCUUCAGGUGGGGCGACGAGGAGCUGCGCUUCACCAAGGCCGACUCGUUCGCCACCAUGGACUGGACCCGUUCCCAUGCCACGCGCGAGACCACUUGGAAGUGGGCUUCGUUCGCCGGUGAUGUGUCGGUGGGGCUCAACCUAUCCGCGGAGGUGUACGAGGCUAAGGAAAACGCCUUCUGGCUCAACGGCAAGGUGCACCUGGUGGGUCCUGUGCAGUUCACGCUCCCCGCGCGCCAGCGGUUGACGCAGGACAAGUGGACCCUCCGCAGCCACAACGGCGCUUUGCAGCUCCAGUUCACCCCACACGCCGCGCGGGAGGAGCACGUUCAUGUGGGCGUCAUCGCUUCAGAAUUCUCACAAGUGGGCGGCACCUUCUCCGGUACGAUCGACGUCGCGGCCCUCGAGGGUGGUUCCUCCCCAAGCAACGUCGUCACCAUCGAGGACGUUCUGGGCGUCGUUGAAACCCACUACGCCCUCUGGUGA